AGAGAGAGAGAGAGAGAGAGACUGUUUUAGCAUGUGCGUGUGGUGUAUGCAUGUGUGUAUGAACAAGAGAAGCAUGCAUGCAUUUGUCAGAUUGUGUGUGUGCGCAUGAGGGAUAGACAGGGCUGUUUUAUUUUUAAUGCACGCCUUAGAGAGAGAGAGAGAGAGAGUCAUCUAUGUAGAAUGUGUCAGAGGGAGAGAAAUCAAACUGGCUCCAUGAAAUCUGUGUGACUCAAACACAGUGUUCUCUGUGUCCACAAGAAAGGGAAGGAAAGCAAGGGAAGAGAAGAGGAAGAGGAAGACAGACAGAACUACAGAGAAUGAGUCAUGGACAAUCAUAUUUAACCACGGUCUCAGGAAACAGAUGAACUAUCAGGCCCCUGCAAAGCUCCCAUAUUCUCUGCUCUGAAAAUUAAACUGUGAAUGCACACACACCGUGCUGAAAGAACUGCUUAGAUUGGAGCUCGCCCGUGUCCACACGCACACUUUCAAACAGAGACUUCCCUGUUCCGUUUUCGCUGAAAGCACAGAUUGAAAGUCAGGGUUUUUCUUUAGUCGCCCGGUACUAACUCCAGACAGUACAUGAAUAGUCUCUCUGUAAUAUAAUGGAAAUAUAACUCAUUUAGCAAAGAACCAAAACGACACCGACAACACAUUGGAACAGUCAUUAAUUGUGAAGACAAAAAAAAAAAAAAAAAUCCUGUUUGUGAUCUUCUUACACUUCGGGCUUGAUUAAGUCCAUAGGACAGAUACACCAGCAAAGGAGACCAUGACAUCACAUGGAAAACUGAGAAAGGAAAAGGCGGAGUAUGAGACACAAAUCAAAGAGGUACGUGGUCAGCUCUCGGAGCAGCUAAAAAUCCUGGAUGCACAGCUGGAGGUGAAAACACAGCAGCUACAGGAUCUAAGCGAGUACCUGCGCAGACGGGGUGAGAUUGAGGCAGAGUAUGCCCGCACUCUGGAGAAACUCAGCGAGAAGUUCACCAUCAAGACUAAAAGAAAGGAGCAGUUGGACCUGUCAGUGGCUCAGUGCUGGACAGUUCUGCUGACCCAAACCAGACAGGAGAGCCGAGAUCACAGCUCACUGAGUGAACUCUGCAGCAACACCCUCACACAGCGGCUCUCACACUGCAUAGAGGACACACACCGCCUGGCAAAGAGGAGCAAGGAGGUGGGUCUCCAGAUGCAGGACGAGCUCUUGAAAAUCACCACAGAGCUGCAGACGGCUUUGAAAACGUAUCAUCAGUACCACAUCGACUGUCUGGCUGCUGAAGGCAAGCUCAAAGAGGCCACAAGACUGGAAGAGAAACAGACGGGCAAAUCAGCUGAUCUCGGGCUCAGCCAAUCAGGAGGGCAGAGGCGCAGUUCGGUGAAAAAAAUAGAGAGACUGAUGGAGAAGAGGCAAGGGAAAGUACAGGAAACUCAGCUGAAGUGCACUAAAGCUCGUAACGACUACUUGCUCAACUUGGCAGCAGCGAAUGCCUCCAUGAAUAAGUACUAUCUGCAGGACAUUUGCACUCUGAUUGAUUGCACAGAUUUGGGGUACCACCUGUCUGUGUCUCGGGUUAUACGCGGGUAUGUCUCCAACCAAAACCGAAUCAUCCAGAACAUGAAAAACGGCCUCCAGCAGCUUGAUACAGCAGUUACUGGACUCAGUCAGGGUCAGGAUAGAGAUGCCCUGCUCCAGGCCCACAAUGCAGCAUUCUGCCUGCCCUUCCGCUUUCAGUACCAGCCUCAUGAAGGGGACCAGGUGUGUGAGGUGAGCGCAGAAGGCCAGGUGAGGUAUGAGCUUGAGACCAGAUUCCAGCAACUUCAGUCCAGACUUGCCUCUGUUACCCUGGAAACAGAGGAGGUCAGCAAGACACUUAAAACAACACACACUAACCUUCUGGAGAGCAUCUGUGAUGAUGAUUGCAACCCCACCCCUGACACCACCACUACCCCGCUGGUGGACAACACAGGUGAAGGUGCAGGGAGCAAACCAAGCCUGGCAAAACGCAGAGCCAAUCAACAAGACACAGAGACCUUCUACUUUACAAAAGUGAAGGAGAACGUGAGUGGCAGCUCUUUGAUCUCGAAACUCCAGGCUAAACAUGACCUGCUUAAAGAGGCCAUACAGAAAGCUGAGUCCAUUGACAGCGAUCCCUCCAGAAUGCAGCCUGAUAGGGCAGUGCGUGUGCGGAAAGCCAGGCCCUGCUCCCAGUACAACCACAAACUCUUCUCUGGAGACAUGCUCUCUUUCAUCCAGAGCUCUGGGCAACAGAUCCCCCUGGUAGUGGAGAGCUGCAUUCGCUUCAUAAAUCUGCACGGUCUUCAUCAUGAAGGAAUUUUCAGAGUGCCUGGUUCGCAGACUGAAGUCAAUCAUAUCAGGAAUGCCUUUGAAAGAGGAGAAGACCCAUUGACUGACAGUGAGUGUGACAUUGAUUCAGUGGCAGGGGUUCUGAAGCUUUAUUUCAGAGGUCUAGAGAAACCUCUGUUCCCUGAGGAGAGCUUCAGUCAGCUCAUGGAGUGUGUCCAAAUUGAGAAUAUGACAGAGAGAGUAGCGCAGAUAAAGUCAGUGGUUUCACCCUUCCCUAGACCCGUUGUCAUAGUGAUGCGCUAUCUAUUCGCCUUCCUUCAUCAUGUCUCUCAGUAUAGUGAUGAGAACAUGAUGCAGCCGUAUAAUCUGGCCGUGUGCUUCGGCCCCAGUCUGCUCAGAGGGGUGGAGAUGGGUGGUGACGAAGUGACUCUGGCACCUCAAAUCAAUGACCUCGUCAAAACUAUAAUCCUUCAUCAUGAGAACAUUUUCCCUGGUCCGUCUGAACUCCUGGGCCCUGUCUAUGAGAAAUGCAUGACUCUCGAGCAAGAAUACUGUGAACCUAUCACAGAAGAGUGUGAGGGAGAUAAUGAACAUCUUCCCAGUGAAGAUGAGUGGGAGGCAGUGGCCUUGUUUGAUUAUGUUGCACGCUCCGCAGCCGAGCUGUCAUUCAAGCAGGGUGACCACCUCUUACUACACAGCAAGGCCUCUGCUGAUUGGUGGAGAGGGGAAGUAGGCGGAGUGAGAGGCCUGAUCCCACAUAAGUACAUCAGUGUGGUAGAGGGGGCGGACCGUAAGGACAGAGGGAAGAAGGAGGACAGCAGAGGAGGCAGCACAGGAAAUCUGGCAGAAGAACAGCUGGGCGAGCACAGCACCCGUAUGAGGGUAAACAGUGAUAGUGCAUCUCUGCCCGGCCGGCAGAGGACAGGGAGCGGAGGCAGCAGUAUAGGUGUAGGUGGCAGUGGGAGUGGAAGCCCCAUACGGAAGCUCACCCUGCAGGUGCCCGAGGGACGACUCAUCCUUCCUCCACAGUCAUCUGCAGUUGCACGCCAGCUCUCAGGGCACCAUGAGCGCAGACACACUUUAGACAGUCUGAGGCCAAUAGGAGGAGCAGCAGAAAGACAGACAGUUCAUAUCGACAAGGAGGUCAGUCGGCAGAUGAACUCUGUCUUUAAGGAGCUGUUGUCUCGUCAUCCUCCUCAAGAAGUCUUGGGUUCGAGCCCUCCUCCCUCUUCCUCCCCCACAUCCAUCCCCUCCAUGUCUCUUGCUGCUGCUCGGCCUCCGGUGAAAAAGGGAGGUUUCAGCCUGCGCGGCAGAGGACUCUUCAAACCCCAAGACCAACAGGACUGAGGGAGAGAGGGGAUGAUAUCUUAGUGAAUACGAGUAAGAGUGCUGGAGAAAUGCCAUCACAGAUAUUCAUAUAUUUUUCCAGACAUACAAUAUAUGGUACUCUUUACGCCUUAUUAACUAAAGUGUAUUAAAGUAUUCAGUUAAAUCAGAACCAGUCACGCAUUCUGUGAUUGUUCAUGGCUAAAUUUUGUGUGAGGCCAAUUCAUUGAUUAAAUUUUUAGUUGUAUUUGUGUUUUAGCUUUGUCAUUGUCUUAAAACGACUGUCAAUCUGGUCCUCAGUCAAGAGUAUCCUACUUUUCAUUCAUCCAUCUCAGUGGCGUCCAGUCUCUGUAGAUUUUUACUGUAGUGUUAAACUGUGUAGUUAUGGAGAAACAUAUAUAUCUGCUGGAGACGGUACCAGACGGCAGUCUGUGUUUAGAAAGUCCCUCAAACUGUGUAGAUACUGAAUGGCAAGUGUGAUGUGGGAAUGAUGUCCAUCACAGACGGAGUCCACAUUGUUUUAUUUUAUUUAUAGACAUGUCACACCGAAUGUAAAAGAUGAUUUUUAUGAAGGCCAGUGUCCCAUUCAGUUUUACUAUUUAUUAGACCUCAAGUAGAUGGCAUAUUUAAUUCGACGCAAAUUAAAAAAGACCUUCAGUGUGUCGUACUGUUGUCGUUCAUUCAGCUAAAGGCCAAAACAUACUUUAUGCAAGUACAUAUGCAGAUGCAAGCUCUUGGCUAAAGCUUUGCCAACGCACUUUCCAGUUGAACAUACAUAAUGUGCGUUCUUGCGGUACUGUGGCAGUAACAAACCUCAGUACACAAGAGGUCGAUAGAGUUACCUUCAAGAGUCUGUGCCAUUUAACUGGAUGUGUUACUGUGUCAUCUAUAAGUUUUGGGUGUAAUCCCAUUACAAAGUAAUUAUUUACUGUAAUCUAAUUACUUUUAGUACAAAAGUAGUUUAACACAUUGCAUUUUAAAUUCUUGUUGUUAAAUUACAGUUACUGACUUCCAAUUUAUUUAAUACAUUUUAAGUACAUUACUUGGUUACACAUAUUUCUAAAACAAUGUUAUUUAUGUAGAAUCCAUUUAAAACGUUGUUGAGAAUGCAACCCAUUUUGUGUUUUGAAUUGCGGUCUAACACAUUUAAGAAUGCAAUAAGCUUGAUUAGCUACAAGCAUCUGUGUUCAUGUACUUGCGUAGAGUAUGUUUUCGCCUUAACGGAACUUUAAAAAUAUGUUUUUCCAAACAAUAUCCAGUGGAGAAAAAACAUGGGUUAUGAAAAUUAGAUGACUUAAAGGGAUAGUUCACCCAAAAAUUUAAAUUAAAUUUCUCUCAUUAUUUACUCACCCUCAUGACAUCCUAGACGUGUAUGACUUUCUUUCUUUUGCAGAAGACAAAUUUAGAUUUUUAGAAAAAUAUCUCCAAAAUUUUGAUGCUCAGAAAGCACAUAAAGGCAUCAUUAAACUCAUCCAUAUGACUCCAGUGUUUUAAUCCAUAUUUUCUGAAGUGAUAUGAUAGGUGUGGGUGAGAAACAGAUCAAUAUUUAAGUACUUUUUUGCUUUAAAUUCUCCUCCCUGCUCAGUAGGGGGUGGUAUGCAUGAAUAAUGUGAAUCACCAAAAACACAAGAAGAAGAAUGUGAAAGUGAUUUGUUUCUCACCCACAGCUAUUAUAUCGCUUCUGAAGAUAUUGAUUUAAACACUGGAGUCUUAUGGAUUACUUUUAUGCUGAUUUAUGUGAUUUUUGGAGCUUCAAAAUUUUGGCACCGAUUCACUUGCAUUGUGAGAACCAAAAGAGCUGAAAGAUUCUUCUUAAAAUCUUAAUUUGUGUUCAGCAGAUGAAAAAGUCAUACGCAUCUGGGAUAGCAUGAGAUAAUUGUUGGGUGAACUAUCCAUUUAAGACUGUACAAUCUGUUGAAUGGACUGUACUUAUGUCCUUCAAGCCUUGUUUUCAUUUCUGACAAAUUAAAUAUGCCGUCAACCCUGACUAAGGUCUAUUACAGGAGAGAUUAUUUUUUGAAGUUUGAGUGAUUUUUUAUUAUAUUUUUUUAUUUUUGAAGUUGGCAGAUUUUCUUAUUGCUUUUCUAAAUUAUGCUAAGCUCAAGUACUGUUGCUGUAUACUUAGUUCUAGUAUACGGUACUGAAGGUACAAAAUGAUAACUAUUAAAAUCCUCCUGUGUUUUUAUAAGAAGGGUCAUGUCGUUUUAUAAAACCACUGGAAAUAACUUUGCUUAGUUUAUACAUAUAUACACUACCGGUCAAAAGUUUUGAAACACUUGACUGAAAUAUUUCUCACGAUCUUAAAAAUCUUUUGAUCUGAAGGUGUAUGCUUAAAUGUUUGAAAUUAGUUUUGUAGACAAAAAUAUAAUUGUGCCACCAUAUUUAUUUCAUUAUAAAACUAAAAUUUAAUAAAAAUAAAAAAACGUUUUGGAAAUUGAUGACUUGGACCAAAUAAUAAAGAAAAGCAGCCAAUAAGUGCCCAACAUAGAUGGGAACUCCUUCAAUACUGUUUAAAAAGCAUCCCAGGGUGAUACCUCAAGAAGUUGGUUGAGAAAAUGUCAAGAGUACAUGUCUGCAAAUUUUAGGCAAAGGGUGACUACUUUGAAGAUGCUAAAAUAUAACACAGUUUUGAUUUAUUUUGGAUUUUGUUUAGUCACAACAUAAUUCCCAUAGUUCCAUUUAUGUUAUUCCAUAGUUUUGAUGAAAAACUUUACUAUUAUUCUAAAAUGUGAAAAAAAAGAAAAUAUAUAUAUGAAAUAAAGAAUGUGUAAGUGUUUCAAACUUUUGACCAGUAGUAUGUAUAUAUAUAUAUAUAUAUAUACACUGAUCAGCCACAACAUUAAAACCACCUGCCUAAUAUUGUGAAGGUCCUUCUCGUGCCAUCAAAACAGACGGGCUGGUUUGAGUGUUUCUGUAACUGCUGAUCUCCUGGGAUUUUCAUACACAACAGUCUCUAGAAUUUACUCCGAAUGGUGCCAAAAACAAAAAACAUCCAGUGAACGGCAGUUCUGUGGAUGGAAACGUCUUGUUGAUGAGAGAGGUCAACAGAGAAUGGCCAGACUGGUUUGAACUGACAAAGUCUACAGUAACUCAGAUAACCGCUCUGUACAAUUGUCGUGAGAAGAAUAUAAUGCUGGUUGGCGCUGUUUUGGCAGCACGAGGGGGACCUACACAAUAUUAGGCAGGUGGUUUUAAUGUUGUGGCUCAUCGGUGCAUAUAUAUAUAUAUAUAUAUAUAUAUAUAUAUAUAUAUAUAUAUAUAUAUAUAUAUAUAUAUAUAUAAUUUGCUAAUUGAUAUUCAUUUGAGCUUUUUGUUGGAUUUCUUAUUACAGUUCGUUUCAAUUCUAUAAAAACUUUCUAUUGAAAAUGAGUCACCACACAUGCAUGCAAACAUACUUAAAUGGCUGGUCUUGCAUGGGAACAGGUGGAGUGACCAAAAUAAGCACAGCUCUGUAGCCACCUUUACCCCUUCAGCUCCAUUUUCUCUCUGUCUCAUAUAAAAACUGUCAAGUCAACUGUGAAGUCAAGUGCCACCAGACACUCUGAGCAGCUCAGGAACUGUAAAACAUAGGAGAAAAUGACAGGGAAAUGAGAACUAUCUGGAGAAAUGAUCAAACUGUGAAAGAACACGUGCAGUCACAGGAAGCAGAAUGGAAUUUACUUCCUUUUCACUGCACUGGAGCACAUUAAUAAAACCCUGGUCACUGAUCUCCCUCAACUGCCACCCAGUCACUGAAACAUUCCUCUUAGCAGUGUCUUUUUGUUAGAUGAUGUCAUCAUUGAUGUAUGGAUUACAAUAUUAUCCAAAUAAAUUAUAUAGAUUCUGAAA